AUGGUGGAACCAAACGGUAUUAGGAAGCCGACCGAGGAGGAAAGGAAAGCCGCUGAAGAAAGUAGGCAACGUUUACGAGACUAUGUUUCCAAGAAGAUGGGAGAAUUGCUAUUGCGCGGGUAUACGAUGUUAGACGCCUAUUGUAAUACUUGUUCGGGUAUUCUAAUGGAAGAUCGACACGGUAUUCGAGAAUGUGUUCAGUGUGAACUGCUGCGUUCUGAAAGGAAUCGUGAUUUAAGCAGUUCCGGAUUUGUUAGCUCAGAAAUCCCCUUGAAUGACUCUGAUGAUAUUGAUGAAACACUGACGCCAACAGAACCAGUUGAUGAACUAAAACCUGAAGCCUCUAAUUCAGCGGUUGGACGUAAUCUGGAUUUGGAACACUUAGAAAAUGGUCACUCCAGAGCUGAGAAAAACGAUGUGCAGCUGACAAAAGCAUCGGGAUCUGUAGGUUCCAAAAAGAAAUCAAAAAAAUUUUUGACUGUAUCUACUUUUUUCGAUGGGUUUGACGAAGCCACGAAGGUAGUAAGCGAAAAAUUGCAUUGGUGCGUUGCUGCACUCAAAGAAACAGAAGAUCUUGAAAGAAUUAUCUUAUUGCAGAAGGCAAUUAAAGGUAGCAUUGAAAUAUUAAGUGCAAAAAGCCAACAGAUACAGUUAUUUUCCGUAACUCAUGCUGAAAAGUCAAGUAUGAUUUUUGUGGCUUUUAGGUUAGAGGCAAUAUUUUUUCAGCUUAACGAUAUUGAGCCUUUUCUUAAGAUAUCGGAGUCAAAAAAUUCCCAUAUUUGUGCUCAACGUGUUUUAAAAAUGUUGCGCAUGGUUCCUUCAUUCUGA